CCGGGCUUAUGGCUGUUGCCGUUCAGGAAGCUGGCAUUGGCGUGCUGCAUUUGUGCAUCUCACAACCCCGCUCAUGCCGGCUACCCGACGGAGGAAGGAGGCCAUCUACAGCACGGCAUUUUCUUGUUGGUGGCUGGGCUAGUUUCAUAUUUACUGGCCUCGGCAAGGAUUGAUCGAUGUUGUGCAAUUGGUUUACCUCACAAGCGAGCUAAUUGGAUCUCUAUCUCAACUGGAUGCUCCAUGUGA